AUGUCUCAGGAUAACCCAGAAGUUGUCCUUGCCGUCGACGAAGAGCCGAUAGAUGAUUCGAGCUCAGAUAUGGGAAGCAGUAUCGCAUCAUCCAGUACAAGCCUGCGAAGCUCUAUCCUCGAUUACCGCCUUGAGAAUGGCAGGACUUACCACCGAUACAAAGACGGCAAAUAUAACCUCCCGAAUGACGAGAGGGAGAAUGAUAGAUUAGGUAACAACUUGCAGCAUCAGAUCUGGCUUCUUGCUCUUGACAACAGUCUUGGCGUCGCGCCCCCGUGUAAGGAAAACGCCAAAGUCGGCCGAGUUCUCGAUGUCGGCACAGGAACGGGCAUAUGGGCGCUUGAUUUCGGAGACGAACACCCGGAAGCUGAUGUCUUGGGCAAUGACCUUUCCCCAACUCAACCGGACCUUGUGUCGCCGAAUGUUAAGUUCGAGAUCGAUGAUGUAGAGGAAGACUGGACUUACUCCCGACCAUUCGACUACAUCCAUAGUCGGCUUAUGACAGGAAGCAUCAGUGAUUGGCGACUGUAUCUGCGCAGGUGCUAUGAAAACCUCAAACCUGGCGGUUUUCUCGAGCUACAAGAAUACGACCUCAUCCCUGUCUCUGAUGAUGAAACCCUGAAACCCGAUAGUGCCCUGCUGAAGUGGUCUAAGCUUCUUUUCGAGGCAUCCGAAAAGUUCGGGCGAUCCUGCCCGCACAUCCCUACGCUUAAAGACAUCUUGGUUGACGUUGGUUUUGAAGACGUCACUGUCAGCGUUUUUAAGUUGCCCUCGAAUGAUUGGCCUAAAGAUGCCAAGUACAAGGAGCUUGGAAUAUGGCAGAACGAGAACAUGUUGUCUGGCCUUGAAGGUUUCUCCUUGGCCCCUUUGACGCGUGCUCAUGAUUGGACCCGCGCUGAGGUUGACGUCUUCCUCAUUGAUGUGCGUAAAGACAUCAAGAACAGGGCCAUUCAUGCAUACUGGCCAGCAUACUGCGUUGUCGGUCGAAAACCUGAGAAGAAGGAGACAUAG